GUCUUACCUAUCGGUGUAAUAAAGUCAACUGCGAAUAUUACGCUCUACUUACGGUAAGAUGACGGAGGCAAAAUACAGGAAACGGAACUAUGCGAAAGGCCCGCAUGGUUUCAUUCAUCUAGUUACACACGUGUGAGAUAUAGUUACGGGCAGCUUUCAAAGGAAAAUAAUGUCGCUCAGUCUAGGUGGGAAAACUGCGUUGGUGACGGGCGUAAUGGGACACAUAGGUAAAGCUGUUGUCAAGGGAUUGGUAGAAGCCGAAUGUUAUGUGAUAGGAACUGAUCGCUUUCCUAGGUAUUCUGUGGACGAUCUGUUCGAGGAACUACAACUCACCUCUGGGGAAAAUAUGACAUAUAUAGCUUGUGAUCUGACUUUAACAGAGGACAUUGAAAAGCUCUUCAAAGCCAUUGAUAAGGAGAGGCCGGAUGGCGUGGACAUCUUUAUCAAUGCCGCAGCGUCGUUCAGUUUUGGGUCCCUGAUAGAGGACAUUUCCCUUGAGCAGUGGAAACGGGAAGUGAGCAUCAAUCUAACGGCGGCAUUCAUGAUCACCCAAUAUAUCCUCCACAAAAUGAAAAAAAAAGGAUGGGGACGUAUCGUGUAUGUCUCGUCUCAGUUAGGACUAAAAGCGAUCCCCAAGGCGGCAGCAUACAUUACUACAAAGGCAGGGCUCUGCGGUCUAACGAGGGCCGUAUCUGUUGAGACAGCAGAAAAUGGUAUCACAGUUAAUGCUGUAUGCCCCGGACCGAGAGAAGGUGACAUGAUGGACAGUGUGUUAAACACCCAUGCAGCAGAAAGGAAAACAUCGACACGAGAAGCCAGGGAAUUUGUACAGACAUUUUUACCAACAAGAAGGUUUUCAAGUAGCUCACAGAUAGCAUCAUUUAUAAUGUACCUCUGUUCCUCCGGAGCUGACAAUAUGACGGGGACAUCCACAUCCAUUGAUGGAGGUCUUAACGCCACGUGAUCAAAGUCUACUAAUUUCGUUUCCAUAUUAUUAUGACAUUAAGUCAUUACCGGUGAACUUUUUUGAAAGAUCGGUGUUUUUUUUAGCUCACCUGAAGUGAAAGCUUUUCUGAUCACAUUUUGUCUGUCGUCCGUCUGUCCAUCUGUCCAUACACUUUUCACAUCUUCUCAAGAACUACUGGGCCAAUUUCAACCAAACCUAGCACAAAUCAUCCUUAGGCAAAGGGGAUUCAAAGUUGUGAAAAUUAAGGGCCACACCUUUUUUGAAGGGGAGAUAAUUAUUAAAAAAUUUUGAGAAAUUUUCAAAAAUCUUCUUCUCAAAAACCAUUAAGCCAGGAAAGCUGAAAGGUAGUGUAAAUUCAAAGAUGUAAAAAUCAUGACCCCCGGGGGUAGGGUGGGGCCACAAUGGGGGGAGGGUCGAAGUUUUACAUAGGAAUAAUUGAAUAAAUCUUAAAAAAUCUUCUUCUCAGAUACUAAUCAGCCAGGAAAGCUGAAACUUGUGUGGAAGCGCCCUCAGGUAGUGUAGACUCAAAGGCGUGAAAAUCAUGACCCCCAGAGGUAGGGUGGGGCCACAAUGGAGGGUCGAAGUUUUACAUAGGAAUAUAUAGAGUAAAUCUUUAAAAAGAGUAAAGAGAGUAAAUAGAGUAAAUCUUUAAAAAUCUUCUUCUCUAAAACUAAUCAGCCAGGAAAGCUGAAACUUCUGAGGAUGCAUCCUCAGUUAGUGUUAAUUCAAAGUUGUAAAAAUCAUGACCCCCGGGGGUAGGGUGAGGCCACAAUGGGGGGGGGGAUCGAAGUUUUACAUAGGAAUAAUAGAGUAAAUCUUUAAAAAUCUUCUCAUAAACUAAUCAGCCAGGAAAGCUGAAACUUGUGUGGAUGCAUCCUCAAGUAGUGUAGAUUCUAAGUUGUGAAAAUCAUGAUCCCUGAGGGUAGGGUGGGGCCACAAUGGAGGGGUCGAAGUUUUACAUAGGAAUAUAUAGAGUAAAUCUUGAAAAAUCUUCUUCUCUGUAACUAAUCAGCCAGGAAAGCUCAAACUUCUGUGGAUGCAUCCUCAGGUAGUGUUAAUUAAAAGUUGUAAAAAUCAUGACCCCCGGGGGUAGGAUGGGGCCACAAUGGGGGGUCGAAGUUUCACAUAGGAAUACAUAGAGUAAAUCUUUAAAAAUCUUCUCAGAGACUAAUCAGCCAGAUGAUUCUUUAUAAUUGUUAAGACUUUGGCCCCAGGACACUACUUCGGCUUUACAAGAAGGUUCUGAGUUUGAUGUAGGUUUAUUUCCCACAUAGAACCAUAGUUAAGGAUCGUUUUGAGAACUGCAAUACUCAACAUGUGAUUUGAUUAUAAAAUCAUCCUGUUAGAAAAGUGACUAAUGAUUAUAAACAUAUUAUUUAUACAGGAUCUACAUGUAUUACUGUACAUUGUACAAAUAGUUUGUAUUAUGACUGAUUUGAUCAUACCUAUUGUUCCUCAGGUGAGCGAUGUGGCCCAUGGGACUUGUUCUUUGUAUUACGAUAUUCCACUACAUGUACAUGUAUAUUUUAGAUAAAAUAUGAAAUUCAUUGAACAAUUACCGGUGAACUUUUUUGAAAUAUCAUUAUUUUAGUGUUCCUCUUUAAUUUGCAACAUGCAACAGCAUGUAAUUUUGAAUAAAAUGUGAGUUAAAUGAACCAUAUGUCGCAUGUUAUGCAUAUUGUUGAGGGGCAUUGUCUCCAUUUCUUCUUUCUAAAUUUUACUUUUCCAAAUACCGAUGCACAAAUGCUUGACGAAGGUGUUUCAAAUGGCCUGCCAAAAUUUUAAUGUCAAGUUUGUCAAGUUUUAAGAAUUAUGAGCUCUGUAUCUCCUAAGCGUCUAGACUUAGUAAAUAAAAGGAACCGACAAGGUUCUGAUUUUUGAGAUUUAAUUUUUCAAAUAUUUUUCUGUAUAUAGUCUUAGAAACUCUUUGAUUGAUACACAUGUGUCAAACCAUCUGGACAUGGAAAAAAUAUUGACCAUUCUAAACAUUGAGUAGCCUUUGCUUCACAUACAUUAAACUAAGUACAAACUAGAGGCCAAGAGGCCACAUCGCUCACCAGAGCAACAAUAAGCAUAACUGAUCAAAUCAGCAUUACAGCAGCAAAUCAAAAUAUCUUGAGAACUCAGUUCUGUACAGUAGAUCCUGCACAAAAAAGUUAAAAUAUCUGCCGAUUUUAUCCACAAGUAUAUUUAUGGUAA